GAGAAUCACUGUCUCCCCAGCUCCUACCCAGGAAUACACCAUUGAAAUACCAACUAUAGGGACCCUUUACCCCACAGGAGGGUAGAAUCAAGGCCAGAGGUAUGAAUAAGGUGGCGAUUCUAAAGGGAAGAUUUUUGUAAGGAUGGACCCACACCAGCAGAUUGCCAGCAUAUAUAAUAGGGAUACAUUACAGAUUCCCAAGUAUGAAAAAACCUCUCAGUAUAUGAACCAGGUACAAAGGCAUGAGGACAGGCCCACAGAAGAAAGACGGUAUACAUGUAGUGAAUGUGGAAAGAAGUUUGCUCAGAGCUCAGGCCUUGUUCGACAUCGGAGAAUCCACACUGGAGAGAAACCCUAUGAGUGUCAUCACUGCGGAAAAGCCUUCAGUGUGCGCUCAACCCUCACUGUGCAUGAAAGAAUCCACACUGGCGAGAAGCCCUAUACUUGUCAUGAAUGUAGGAAAGGCUUCAGUGUGAGGGCACACCUGAUCAUCCAUCAGAGAAUCCACAAUGGAGAGAAACCCUAUGAGUGUAAUGAAUGUGGCAAAGCCUUUAGUGUGAGCUCAGACCUUAUCAAACAUCAGAGAAUACACUCUGGUGAAAAGCCCUAUGAGUGUGACGAGUGUGGGAAAGCCUUCAGCGUGAGCUCAGCCCUCAUCAAACAUCAGAGAAUCCACACAGGAGAGAAGCCGUAUGAGUGUAAGGAGUGUGGGAAGGCCUUCUAUGUGAACUCCGCCCUUAUUAAUCAUCAGAGGAUUCACUCUGGAGAAAAGCCCUAUGAGUGUGGAGAAUGCAGGAAAGCAUUCAGCCAAAUCUCCACCCUUAUCCAUCACCAGAGAAUCCACACUGGAGAGAAACCGUACGAGUGUGAUGAGUGUGGGAAAGCUUUCCGUGGGAGUUCUAAUCUUACUAAACACCAGAAAAUACAUGCCAAAGGAAAGUGUCCGCAGUGAUUUAUGUGGUGAAGAUAUUCCAGAGGCCUUUUUUGUAUCAGAAGUUAACACCAAAAGAAGGGUAUGGUAAAAGUUAGUGUGUGUGUUCUUUUUUAAGUUAGUGUUUUAAUUGAUACUUGGUCCCUUAGAAUAUUGAAGAAGUGAGAAGUCAGUGAAAAUGACUCCAGAAUGGUGACUAGUUGAAAUUCUAAAAUCACGUCUACUGAGAAUGCCACUUUCCAACUCAUAAGGAAUGGAGGUUUGCAGACAGACUCUUCUGGGAUCAGCACUGAAGAGAUGCUAUAUCCCACCCCAAACCAGCACAGCUGAAUCC